CCGCUGUGUGCACUUUGCAGAUGCUCCCUUAGCGAAGCAGCGCCGUUUAUCUUUGAAUCAGAAGCGAAAAUCUUUUUUAAAAAGUUUCAGAAACGAGACUCUGAGCUGUUAUCUCUCGUCUCUUCUCCGAGUUAGAAGACUUUUACUCCUCAUUGUUUACAUUACGAGAAACAAGAGAGAAAACACCGACUCUAUAGAUAAGGAUUGAAUAAACCCAGCUGUGUAUGAGAGAAAAUCAGCUUCACGGAACAAGGAAGCGGCUAAACAGACGAACACUUUCUGAACAGGUGUAAAAAUAACACUAUUUAACAGGUUUAGAAAACGACACGCAAAUAUGGGCAUACGGGGACUACAGCAUGAGCCGACAGCAGUGGUGUAUGAGCGGGACGGCAGGGGGCGCGCUCUCGUUUCUUUACUGCUAUCUUCAUAACCUCUGACCUGUGUUGACGUGGAGCUGGCGUUGUUUUUCCCACCUGUUUUUAUACUACGCCGCCCCACCCGCGCUAUGAUUGGCUUCUGCUAGUGACAGAUACACUAUUAGCCAAUCCGAAUGCAUAAACUUUGCGUCACUGCACAUCACCAACAAAUCCGAGCCGCUGGAGGGCGGGAUCUGCGUGAAUACGGGUGGGCAACAAACGAAAACACAGAACCCACCGCUCUUGCGUCCAGCAUCGGAAUUAGAGAGCCAUGGCGGCGGUACCGGCCCACUCCCUCCGGGUCUCUGACAUUAAAGACCCCAAUGCGCUGUUCGAGCGCUACAGCACGGAGGAGAUCCGCGCCAUCGAGCGGAAAGUGCGGGGCGAGAUCGAGCAGAAGAAGGAGGAGCUCCGGCAGAUGGUGGGGGAGCGGUACCGGGAUCUGAUCGAUGCCGCGGACACGAUCGGGGAGAUGCGGCAGUGCUCGGAGAGUGUGGUCCGCUGCAUUCAGGGCAUGGACCGGUACUGCCAGCAGCUCAAACAGACCAAAAACCCGCCUCAGAACCACAGCAAACUUGAGGAUCAGAAACAGUCCAAAGAGAAGUUUUACACCAUAGCCUCACAGAUAAAGCUCCUCUUGGAGAUACCUGAGAGGAUAUGGAGCGCUAUGGAGGGCUCUCAGUACCUGCAGGCCACGCAGCUCUACCUGCUGUGCUGUCACCUCCACAGCCAGCUGCAUCUGGAGGGAGGCAGUCCACUCUACAGCCCUGUCCUCUCACGCUUCCCCAUACUGGUGCGGCAGGUGGCAGCAGCCGGCCAUUUCAGAUCCACCAUCCUGUUGGACAGUAAGUCAGUUCUGCGAGGCCGGGCAGUGUCAGACCAGGCUAUUGCUGAAGCUCUGGUGUCCACCAUGCUCCUGGAGGACAGUUCACCUCGACAGGCCCUUGCUGAUUUCCUGCUGGCCAGGAAAGCUUCCAUUCAGCAGCUUCUCAACCAGCCCCAACAUGGAGCUGGGAUUAAAGCACAGGUGUGCUCGUUGGUGGAGCUGCUGGUGACCACUCUGUAUCAGGCCUAUGCCGUGUUCUACCUGCCUCCAGAGGGCCGGGGGGUGGAGCCUGGCCUGAGCUGUGGAUUGCUUUUCACCACACUGGAAAACGUCACCUCCACCACAUCCACUGCUAAGGGCCGUAAGGUCCUGCAUGGCGAGGGCAGCGCGGGGAGCUGGUUUAAGUAUCUGCCUCAAUCAGUCACUGACUUCCAGCCUGUCCUGCGUACAUUAGCCAAGCCCAUACAGCAUGACCAGCUACGAGACACUCUGCAGCAGUGGAUCGACACGUGUAAGGAGGAUAUCCGUGCAGGUGUGAGCAGUCUGCUGGUGUAUGUGAAGACUCUGAAGGCUCUGGCUGCGAUCAGGGACGCAGUGUGGGAGCUGCUGAGCAGCGAGUCCAUCAGCCUGCACUGGAGUGCUGUUUGUUUGCGGCUGCUGGAUAAACCGCUCUGCCUGUGGGAUGACCUGCUGCAGCAGCUGUUCCUGCAACGACUGCAGGCGAUCACUCAGGAGGGGGCAGAGGGGAUCUCCAGCAGCUCUAGGCAGCUCCUCUCCUCCGCCCUGCGGGACCUGGAGGUUCAGUCUCAGUCUGCAGGACUCAGCCGCGGGGUUCAGUACGAGAGUGAUGUAGCUGCGUUCUUGUGGGCGGAGUCUCAGGGAGACCUGCCGAGUGACGCGGCCUGGGUCAGCGUGUCCCAGCGAAGUCCACAGCCGUAUUCUCAGGUGAAGAGUGGUCUGACCAUGAAGACCCAGGCCCUCACACCCUGCAUCCAGACCUUCUGCUCCGCCCUCGAUUCCAAACUGAAGGCCAAGCUGGAGGACCUACAGCACUACUUACCUCCGGAACCCCCCGGCAAGGAUCAGUGUGAGAGCGCGCCUGCUGCAGGCUCCUCCUCUUUUAGCCGUUUCACGGACGCAGCAGCUGUGGAGGAGGCUCUGAGGGAGCACUGCUUGGCCUGUGUAAGAGAUAUUCUGUCCAGUGUGCGCUCUGAGCUGACUGUUCUGCAGGCAGAGCCGGCGGGGUCGUGGCGGAUGAGCGCAGUGUUGUUCAUGGCGAGACUGUGUCAGUCCCUGGGAGAGCUGUGCCCCAGCCUGAGACAGUGUGUUCUCGGUCAGCAGGGUGACGCUGCGGACGCUGCAGGCAGAAACACACCCCGGCAGGGCAAAAAGCUCGGUAAAAGCAGUGCGGCCAGAGGGGCGGAGCUUAGUCCAGCUCAGGUGAAAUGGGCCGGACUGAAGGAUGAACUGCUGACCUGCAGUACGGAGGCAUAUCGCAUUUGGAGCAAUGCAGUAUCCAAGGUACUGAUAGGCAGUUUUGCCAUCUCUCUCCACGCUGGCUCUGCUGGUUCAGUUCUAUCAACUGCUACACACUGGGAGGAACUGGAGAUCCAGGAGGAGGCGGAGUCAGGAAACACGGUCAUGUCCAAAAUCCACCUACCUGUACAGCCUUCCUGGUAUGUUCAGUCUCUGCUGUUCCAGCUGUGUCUGGAGGUGAACAGGGUCGGGGGUCACGCUCUGCCGAAGGUUACUCUGCUGGAGCUGCUGAAGGGCUGUGUGGAUCAGGUGCUGAGUGAAUAUGAAAAACUCACUCAGCAAUCAGAGGGCAAGGAGAUGGUGCCCCCUAUCACUCAGAACAGAGCUCUGCAGCUCCUGUUUGACCUGCGCUUCCUCUCAGCCACUCUGGGCUCUCGGCUGGAGGAGGGGAAGAGCUCUCGAUCGCAGCAGGACCCCAGGGUUCAGGAGAUCUGUGACUCCUUGGAGAGCCAUAUUGACCCGUUUGAUCUGGACGUGUUCACCCCUCAUCUUAACAGCAACCUGAACCGGCUAACUCAGAGAACCUCAGUGCUCUUAGGUCUUUUAACCGGCACAGAAAAGCAGUUUACUCCCAGAAGCAGCAGCAUCGGCUCUCAGGAACCAUACAACAUCCUUCCCCUGGCCAGCAGCCAGAUCCGAUUUGGUUUACUGCCGCUGAGUAUGACCAACUCCCGGAAAGCCAAAUCAGCCACUCGAUCGUCCGACAUCACCAGACCACUCUUUGAGUUCUGAAGUCGUAAGAUGGUGAAGCAGAAGAUCUGGAGGUUCUGGGUGAUGUUAUGAUGCUGUGUGGUUUUGCUGUGUUUGCUUGCAGUGUGGUUUGCAAGAGACAGCUUUACUUUUGUAUUUAUUAGGGCUGUCAAACUAUUAAAUGUAUCAUAUGUGAUUAAUUACAUUCCUGGCUGUGGUGACCCGGGUCUUUCUGUGUGGGGUUUGCACGUUAAAAAAUGACGGCACGUUCAGGCGGAUUGGGAACCAGUUGAAAUUGCCCACUAGGUGUGAGUGUGUGAGUGAGUGUGUUUGUGUGUCUGUCUGCCCUGCGAUGGAUUGGCGGCCUGUUCAGGGUUUAUACUAUACUAUAUUUUGCCCGAUGCCAGCUGCGAUAGCCUCCAGCUAACACCCUGUUUGUAAAGGCAGACUGCAUGCAAUGCAUUUUAAACACCUGCUGCUGAAAGAUUUUAGUAAUUGAUGUGUGUCCUAAUACUUCUGCACAUAUAGUUUAUCUCAC